AUGGCAGGAGUUCUGCACUUCAUUCUGCUUUUGUGUCUACAUUGUGGAUCAGCCAGCCCUGAUCAUAACACGACUACUGCGGAUUCAGAUGCAGCUUUUAUUACCACUGAGAGCCUUUUUUCUGCAGGGAAAACCAUCACCACUGGGGUUCCCACCACAGGAUUCACAACCAGUUAUAGCAAGUCAACAACUAAACCUCCCAAAACCUCCACAACUGCUGAACAGCUGACUGAGGACACUGUUAAAACAGCAGAGAGAAGAGUGUCCAGAAAAGACACCAAAGAAGAAGAAGAAGAAGGUCCUUUGGAGUUAGAAAGGAGGUCCGCCAGGAGCAUUAAGAUAACAAAGAAGCCCAAAACAAUCCAGAGGAAAUCCAAACUCAUCACCAAGAAGCCGAAGGUUGAUAAGAAAACCAAACCUCAGGCGAAACAAAGUGCGCGCCAGCCAGUGGCCGCGGAGACUCCACAAUGUCCUCCGCUGGGUCUGGAGUCACUGAAGGUCAAAGACACCCAGCUGAGAGCGUCAUCAUACAAGCGCAGAGGCCUGGGCCCUCACCGCGGCAGACUCAACAUCCAGUCUGGGAUCGAGGAUGGUGAUAUCUACGAUGGAGCCUGGUGCGCUCAGUACAGAGACAAGAAGCAGUGGCUGGAGGUCGACGCCCUCCGACUGACUCGCUUCACCGGGGUCAUCCUGCAGGGCCGCAGCUCCAUCUGGAGCUGGGACUUGGUGCACACCUACAAGGUGCAGUUCAGUAACGACUCGCUGGUGUGGAAGCCGUGUCUGAACGGGACCGAAGAGGCUGUGUUUGAAGGAAACCAGGAUUCAGAGACACCAGUCCUCGCCCUUUUCAACACGUCCACGGUGGCCCGUUACAUCCGGAUCAACCCACAGACCUGGUACCAGAACAGGACGGAUGGUGAUAUCUGCCUGAGAGCCGAGGUGCUGGGCUGCGCUCUCCCAGAUCCAAAUAAUAUCUACGCGUGGCAGACGGGGCCGACAGAGUCCAGAGACAAGCUGGACUUCAGACACCACAACUACAAAGAGAUGAGAAAACUGAUGAAGGCUGUGAACGAGGCCUGUCCUGACAUCACCCGCAUCUACAGCAUCGGGAAAAGCUACACCGGUCUGAAGCUCUACGUCAUGGAGAUCUCCGACAACCCUGGAAAACACGAACUGGGAGAACCAGAGUUCCGAUACGUUGCUGGGAUGCAUGGGAACGAGGUGCUGGGCCGAGAGCUUCUGCUCAAUCUAAUGGAGUACAUGUGCCAGGAGUACAAACGGGGGGACCAGCGCAUCGUCCGCCUGGUCAAAGAGACUCGCAUCCACCUCCUGCCCUCCAUGAACCCUGACGGAUAUGAGAUGGCCUUCAAAAAGGGCUCAGAACUGGCGGGCUGGGCUCUGGGUCGUUACAGCUACGAAGGUAUCGACAUGAACCACAAUUUUGCAGACCUCAACUCGGGGAUGUGGACCGCCAUCGAGCUGGAGACAGACCGCUCCAAACUCAUCAACCACUACUUUCCCAUCCCUGAGCAGUACACCUCCGAGGAAGCCUUUGUGGCGUCCGAGACCCGAGCUGUCAUCAACUGGAUGCAGAACAUCCCAUUUGUUCUGAGCGCGAACCUCCAUGGUGGAGAGCUGGUGGUCACCUAUCCGUACGACAUGACCCAGGACUGGGCGCCUCGCGAGCACACGCCCACUCCUGACGAGAGCUUCUUCCGCUGGUUGGCCACAGCGUACGCCAGCACCAAUCAGGUGAUGUCCAACCCAGACCGGCGGCCCUGCCACAACAAGGACUUCCUCAGAUACAACAACAUCAUCAACGGAGCCGACUGGCACAACGUACCAGGAAGUAUGAAUGAUUUCAGCUACCUGCACACAAACUGUUUCGAGGUGACGGUGGAGUUGUCCUGCGAUAAGUUUCCUCACGCCAGUGAGCUUCCCAUCGAGUGGGAGAACAACAGGGAGUCUCUGCUGGUCUACAUGGAGCAGGUCCACCGUGGAAUUAAAGGUGUGGUUCGCGACAAAGACACAGAGGCUGGUAUAGCAGAUGCCAUCAUUAAAGUUGAUGACAUUGAUCAUCAUAUUCGAUCAGUUGCCGAUGGCGACUUUUGGCGGCUGCUGAAUCCCGGCGAGUACCGGGUGACAGCCAGCGCGGAGGGUUAUUACCCCUCAUCCCGCACCUGCCAGGUCAUGUACGACCACUACCCCACAAUCUGCGACUUUCGCCUCACCAAGAUGCCCAAACAGAGGCUAAAAGAGAUUUUAGCCAAGGGGGGGAAAAUCCCCAAAGACCUGCAGCUACGCCUGCGACAGCUACGCCUGCGUAAGCUCCGCGUCAGCACCAAGGCCUUGAACCAGAGGCGUGCUGCCACCGCAAAACGGGCGAAGAGGGUGUGAUGGUGGUAAAAGAUGAUAUGAGACCG